AUGGAAACUAAAUUUAAAGAAAAACCUGACAAAUAAUAAUCAAAGUAAAAAUCUAAAAGUAGCAAUUCAAUUCAAGAUAAUAAAAACUUCACUUUACAAAAAGUGUUCAAGAACUUCUUGCUACUUGACUCAGGCAAUCGUUAGAUAUAUGUGUUCAAGAGAUUUGCAUUUGAAUGCCCGAUUAGAGAUAUCUCUGAUGAGUUUUAUCGCGUUCUUGUGAAAUACCAGACUUUGCCUUUGAGUCAGGUAACAAACAAAGAGGAUGAUAUAAGCUCUUUUUACAAUCUGGAUUAGGUGCCACAGAUAUUUGAGACACCGCUGGAGCUGACGUCAGCUAGCGGUCAGUCUACUGUCUCUGAGGAGGAAGAAUUUCAGGUAAAACGCGGGGAAUCUAUGUUCAAUGCUAAAGAUGAUGGAGAUAGAGAUCCAUCAUGUAAUAGCUACGACAAUGACUCUGAAAUUGAUUUACAGCAAUUACUAAUUGAUAUCUUUAUCACAAACGGAAGGCUACUACAUCACGAGCGAAUUCUAUGCUUUUUCCCUGAGUAUCUUCAGUUGUAAUUCAAAAUUUAAAAUGAUAUUAUGAACUCUCUGAAUAUUUUGCCAGUAACCCACAGGUACUAUCUGUCAAUUAUGGCAGUAAGUUGCUACAAUUGUGAGUACUUGCUAAAGAUACAAGAGGAGCAGUUUAUUUUAAAUGGAGGAGACAUUAAAUGGCUUUAAAAAGGACUCAAAGCAGUUGAUCCAAAGCUAGUUCACAUUGCUCCGCUUAAUGAAAUGCUUGCUCAUAAACCCUGGGCUGUAGAUUCUUACUAGUUGGAGUUUUUGCUAAAUAUCCAAAAGCCCAAUGAAAAAUGGAAUUUUGUUUAAAUUGUUCAUGCAACCUUAAUUCUUGUUCAUUACCACAGUCUCUGUGGAGUUAUAUUUGGACAAGGUUUGAAAGAAGAAGUAAGAUCAUCAAAUUCUUAACUAGUAUUAAUUCAGAUUGAUCUUCCCUUGAACUUUGAUUUGACUUCGAAGAGAUCGAAUAUUACGCCUGACAAAUAGUCAAAAUUAAUAUCAGGAAAAUCUUCUGACUAAUAAUAAGAAAUUGCUGAGAAAGAUAUUCAUCCUAAGAAAGUACACUUUCAGAUAUCAGAGGAAAAGAUGCCUAUUCACUAGACUAUUAUCUUUGAAUCUACGAGUGAAGACUAUACGACUGAUUCUAAUUUCAUUGAAGAUAGUUCUGAGGAAACUUAAUAAAUAAAACUUAUAGAAACAGAGACUGAUAUAUUUUCUAAACAUAGAGAGAAUAAAAUCAUAUCCUACACCGACUUCAAAAUGAACAAUGAUAAGUUCCUAUUCUCAUCUUACUUCUCAUGGGACUUGAAUGCGAUAGAGAUUCUAUCUCAAUGGGCUCCGGACAUCACAGAGAACUUAGACUCAAUAUUCAGACUCAUAUUACAGUCUGAAUACAAAUUUAGUCAUGAUGAAACAAAUAGAGUGGAUAGCCAGUAUAUGAUAGACUGCAUAAGUAUGUAUGUCAAAAGAAUAUUCGGAGUAGAUGAAAGUGAAAGCUUUGAUUACCAAAUGGUCAAUAAAGUCUUUCCAGUUGCUUUUAAGAUUUUUGUCAAGAAGGUAGCAUGCUAUCCUUAACUAAUUAACAAAGAAAUCUAUAACCAAGCAAAUUCUAUAAAUCUUAUAAGAUUUAAAGAAGAUAGUGAUUCAAGAUGCCACACUCCUUUGGCAAGUACUAAUUCAAGCACAGACAAAUCAAAGGGGAAUUCAACAGAGUCCCUUAAUUUAUCUGUAAAAGACAAGCUCUACCUAAAUCUGGUAGCUAUUGAGUCGAAGAGACAAAUAAGCUUGUUAUAUAUUAGUAAAGCCAUCAGUGAUCAUCUUAAGAACUGA